AUGUCGUUCAGACGAUUCGUGGAGCCAGGCUGGCCGCCUCAGGCAGAUCGACCUUUUCGUUCGCACCUUCAUCCGGCCUGUCUAUCCUGCCGUCGACGCAAAUUGCGAUGUAGAGUCGAUCGUGGUUCUGAAGAGUGUGCCGUGUGCCAGGCCCGGGGUGAGAAAUGCAUAUUUCCAGAUCGGCCCAAGGGAGGAGCGGGAGGAGCGACGAGCCGGCGGAUACCUCCACCACGACCGCAUCGAGUCGAGCCUCAAGCAGAACCCAUGGGCCAGAUCAGGAAUGAAGGGCAAGCUCUACAGGCCAAUCCUAAUACAUCAACACCAGUUACGACCAAGUCUCGGGUAGAUGUGACCUGGACUCCCACACGCCAAGGCACUGGCGCAACAGCUCCUGAGAAAGUUUACGACCACGAGCAGAGGUCUACUACUACAGUUCUCCAUACCAUAACCGUGGACAACGAAACGGACGAGGAAAUUUCGCAUGUGGUCGGACCUGCCGUUGCAAGAGACGCCAAAAUCCUAGGGGACUGGGUCUCAAAUCCUUCCGAAACAUUUAACAAGCAAACCAGGUCAUCAUUUCCUAAUGGACUGGGAACCAAUAACACACGAAAUUCUGGUCUAUUCACUACUGUUCGCAUGCAGCCUUUGGGGUUGAGGCGAGAUAGGAUGCAAGAUUGGCGUAAAUGCCAAUUUAUAGAGAAGUUGACCGAGCCAUGUGCAGGGGAUCUUGUUGAGAUAUACCUUGAAAAGUCCAACGUAUGCUUUCCCAUGCUCGAUGAUAUCAGUUUUCGGCAACUUUACUCCGAAAAGAAAGAGGAUCUCUCGCCAGUUCUAUUGUCCUGUCUGUAUGCUAACGCCACGGCCUAUUGGGGAAAGUCCAACAAACUGCGACUCGAUUCUCUAAGGUGCCCGGACAUUCCUUUCAUAUGGUCUCAGGCUCUGGAGUCGCUGUUCAAUGCUCUCCUAUUCUCACCUGAGCUUUCCACUGUCAUUGCCGUCUUGCUGAACAUUGGAGGUCGUCCAACAACUACUACAACUAGUAACUCAAUAGCAUUGGGAGGAGCUGUUGCUUUAUCUCAGUCGCUCGGCCUGAAUCGUGACUGCAGCACCUGGGAAAUCGCUGAUUCAGAGAAAUCUGCACGUGUACGGAUUUGGUGGGGAAUACUCAUCCAUGACCGAUGGUCUAGUCUUGCGUAUGGCACUCCUUAUCAUGUUCAGAACUGUCAUCAUGAUGUGCCGGUGCCAUCCAUCACGGAUAUCGUGGGACAGGUAUCAGAUGGCUUGAAACAAGAAGCAGGCUUUAUAUUCAUUGCGCUGUGCAAUCUGACCGAAUCUGUGCUUGCCCCUUGCCUCGAACUGAUCUAUAGCAUGCCGUCUCGAUCACAAGCAUCCGAACCGCGUGAGAGGCAACUUAAACACCUCGAGCUAAGACUAGAUCAGUGGGAGCAAGGUCUAUCCGAUGGCUUACGAAAGCUUGUUGUUCGUGGAACCCAGUUGAAAGUCCCGGGGGCGGCAAAUCUCAGGCUCUGCUACCUGUCGAUCACGAUGUUAUUCCGGAGAAUGGAACUGAAUUUUGCUAGCCAAGGACAAUUAGAGCUGGAUUUGGACGCAAGCAUUCAUCGAAACCUCCGGGCACAGAAAUCUGCAGAAGAAAUUGUCCAUUUUGUUCAAGACCUAGGUGAGGAUGAGCUCAAUGAUUUUUGGCUGUCCGAGGCAUCCUUUCUAUUGGCCUAUGCAGCAACACUGCUACUAGGGUGUGCUCUAGAUAGUCCAGACAAGUCAUCUGGUCUCAGCAACCAUCCUGCUGUGAGAAGAACUCACAAUCUAGUGACCGCCCUAAGAUCACACAAAGAGAUAUAUGGCUGGGAGCUAGGUGACCUUUGUCUAGCUCAGUGUGGCGAGAUCGUCGACAAAUUAUCGACACCAGAAGAGAUUGACAUCGAAGACUUUACUCAGGAGUUGCAGCAAACUCUUAUGAAUGAAAGUCUGGCCGUGGAUGAACUCUUUCCCAGUGUGUGGGAUAUGUUUAACGGCACAUGA